UAGUGUUUGUUGAUACAAACACUCUCUUUUCUUCUUGGAACCUCAUCGCCUACGCAAUUACAAUCAAUUCUUGAUCGCUCGCGGUUGAAGCCUCACAAUUUUCUGAAAUUGGGAGCCCAUUAUUUUAAAUAGAAUUCCAACUUUGAUUGCUUCUUCCUCGGAGUCUCUCUCGCCGAAUAGAGGAUGCUGGAUUUUAACGCCUUUGAGUAGUUCGAAUGGGUUUGUUCGCUUUCAGUGGUCCGUUCAUGACUUGGCAGUUUUAAUCUUGGAGUCAGCCCCUCUUACCCUCGUAGCUCUACCAAAUUCUCACCAUCUACUGUCUUGGCCAAGCCUUUGACAGGGACAUCAUGUUAUCACUUGUCAUAAUUAACUUUGUCGUGAGCACGCGACUUUGAAAACCAGAAAUCAUUGUGGUAAUGAAGGAUUUUCAUGGGAAGGGGGAAAGAUCUAAAUUCAACAUGCUCUUCUGAAAGUGUAACUGAUAUUGUAGAUAGAAGUCAGCAAUCUAUUUGUCCCACGUUAGGGUCUAGAAAUCAUAUAUCCUCCAAAGCCUCCUUAUGGUCAGGCUUCUUUACAUCUACUUUUUCAGUCUUUGAACAUAACAAGGAGUCCUCUGUCAGUGAAAAGAAGGCAGUUCAUUCUCGACACAAUGUCUGGACAACUGUAAGAAGAGUUAUGACCAGUGGCUCAAUGAGGAGAAUACAAGAGCGCAUACUGGGUUCUCGCAGGAGUGGUGUUUAUAGCUCUGGUGGUGAUAUAUGGCUCCUCGGUGUGUGCCAUAAAAUUUCCCAAGAUCAGGCUUCUGAUGAUGUAGUUACUAGUGACAGCAUAGCAGGAUUUGAGCUAGACUUUUCAUCUAGAAUUCUGAUGACCUAUCGUAAAGGUUUUAAUGUUAUUCAAGACUCAAAAUACACCAGUGAUGUAAAUUGGGGUUGCAUGCUUAGAAGCAGCCAAAUGCUUGUUGCUCAGGCAUUACUUUUUCAUAGAUUAGGAAGAUCUUGGAGAAAGACUUCACAGAAGCCACUGGACAAAGAAUAUGUUGAAAUUUUGCAUCUUUUUGGUGACUCGGAAACGUCAGCAUUUUCGAUCCAUAAUCUUCUUCAGGCAGGAAGGCCCUAUGACCUUGCUGCUGGGUCAUGGGUGGGACCAUAUGCCGUAUGUAGGUCAUGGGAGACUCUAGUCCGCUUAAAGAGGGAGACUCCUACGCCCCAAGACCUGCAACUUCCAAUGGCCAUUUACAUUGUUUCUGGAGAAGAAGAUGGAGAGAGAGGUGGUGCUCCAGUUUUAUGCAUUGACGAUGCGUCAAGACAUUGUUUUCAGUUUUCUAACGGCCAACUUGAUUGGACUCCCAUUCUGUUAUUAGUUCCUUUGGUUCUUGGACUUGAAAAAAUCAAUCCAAGGUACAUCCCAUCAUUACGAGCAACAUUUACCUUUCCCCAAAGUCUCGGGAUCUUGGGGGGGAAAGCUGGUGCUUCAACAUACAUCGUGGGUGUUCAAGAUGAAAAUGCCUUUUACCUUGAUCCACAUGAGGUUCAGCAGGUAGUUAAUACUGACAAGGAUGACCUAGAGGCUGAUACUUCCUCUUAUCACUGCAAUGUCAUCCGUCACAUCCCGUUAGAAUCAAUAGAUCCUUCUCUAGCAAUCGGGUUUUAUUGUCGAGACAAAGAUGAUUUUGAUGACUUCUGUUAUCGGGCAUCAAAGUUAGCAGGCGACUCAUACGGAGCUCCAUUAUUCACAGUUGCUGAAACACAUUCCUCAAAUUCAGUGAGACACGGCAAUGCAUUGAAUGAUGGUAGUAGAUUAGUAGUGGACAAUGCCGAUGUGCACGUGCCAGACGACGAAGGGGCGCAGGAGGAUGACUGGCAAUUACUCUGAUGAAAAAACAAAGAACACCUUGGGGAAUCUGGGAUCGUUGAAUUCUGGCUAAUAUGACUGAAUAGAUGGGAAGGGUAUGCCUAAUAUGUCAAUUGUUUUAGUUUAUUUAGUGUUACUUGUGCCAAAUGCAUUAAGCCAAUUUAGGUUUUUAUUUGUUGAAUUUGUUUAUUCUUGGUUCAUUUUCGGAUGAGGUUAGCCUACAUUCGUGUGUAUGUGUAUAAUAAGCAGGUUCAAUUCCAAUUCAUAAUGAAUUAUUAAUGCUCUGAUUACUUA